AUGGAAGAACAACAACAACAAAUUAUAUCAAAUAAAAUAGAAUCAUAUAUUUCUAAAAAUGUUUAUCAAUAUUUACUUUUAGAUUUAAAUUUAUAUAAUAGUAAAGAUGAUAUUAAAAAUUUAGUAAUAGAUAAUAAUACAAUAAAAUUAGAUGAUGAUUUAAUAUCAUUGAAUAUUGAUAAUAAUAAUAAUCCAAUUAUAUCAUCAUUUUAUUUAAAUGAUAACAUAAUAAAUAAUUCUUUAAAUAACUGGUUAUUUUUUAAUAAAUCUAUAAAUGAAAAUAAUAAUAAUAAUAAUAAUAAUAAUAAUAAUAAUAAUAAUAAUAAUAAUAAUAAUAAUAAUAAUAAUAAUAAUAAUAAUAAUAAUAAUAAUAAUAAUAAUAAUAAUAAUAAUAAUAAUAAUAAUAAUAAUAAUAAUAAUAAUAAUACUUUAGAAAAAGAUAAAAAUGAUCAUCAAAAUGUACUAGAAUUUUUUAAAAUAAACUCAAUACGUCUUAGAAUUUUAUCAAAUUUAUUAUUCUUAAAAUAUUAUAAAGAAUUUAAUGAUAAUAAUAAUAAAUCACAAUUAUUAAAUGAAUCAUAUAAAUGGUUUGAUGAUUUAAAUUUAAAUAAUAUUAUACCAAAUGUAUUAUUAUUUAAAAAUACAUUAAUUUCUUUAAGAGAUAAAAUAAAUGAAAAUAAUUUUAAUGAUAAUAUUACAUUAGAAUAUUCAAUAAUAUUAUCAACAUUAGAAAGAAUGUUGGGUGAUAUAAUUUUUUUUAAAUUAGUUAUUGUUGAUAAAAAACCACCAAUUUUCGGUAGAAUGUUACGUGAUUUAUUAGAUGAUGAUAAUUUAUUAAUAGUUUUAGGAUUACCAAUAAUUUCAUUAUUAAAAGUUUUAAUUGGACCACCAAUUGGUUUAAAUUUACGUAAUAUAAUUUGGCAUGGAUUCAUAUCACCAAAUGAAUUAAAUUUAUCUUUAUUAAUUUAUAUUAUUCAUUUAAUUUUUAAAAUUUCAAUUAUUUUCAAAUCUUUUAAAAAUAAUAAUAAUAAUAAUAAUAAUAAUAAUAAUAAUAAUAAUAAUAAUAAUAAUAAUAAUAAUAAUAAUAAUAAUAAUAAUAAUAAUAAUAAUAAUAAUAAUAAUAAUAAUAAUAAUAAUAAUAAUGGUUCAAUUAGACCAAUAAUUAGUUUAAAAAAAAAGUUUUCAAAUUUUGAUAAUAAUAAUAAUAAUAAUAAAAAUAAUAAUAAUAAUAAUAAUAAUAAUAAUAAUAAUAAUAAUAAUAAUAAUAAUAAUAAUAAUAAUAAUAAUAAUAAUAAUAAUAAUAAUAAUAAUAAUAAUAAUAAUAAUAAAUUAAUAUUAUUAAAUUAUAAAGAUGAAAUUUUUGAAAUAUUAAAAAAUUCAAAAUUUAUAGUACCAGGUAGAAUUAAUUUAUGGUUAGAAGCAUUUAAUUAUUAUUUUAAAUCAAUUAAUGAUAAUGAAGAUAAUGAUGGUUAUAAUAUAUUUUAUUCAUUAGUAUUAUUAUUACCACAAUUGGAACAUUCACUUAGAUUAAAUUUUGUUAAAUUAAAUAAUUUACCUGAUAAAUUUUUAAAAGCAGAUUAUAUUAGUUUUUAUACAACUUUGGAUUUAUUCAUUUCAAAUACAUUAUUAUUAUCAACUUGUGUAUUUUCAAAUGAAUCGCCAUCAUCAACUACAUCAUCAUCAUCAUCAUACAGUGAAGAGAAACAUUUACAAAUUCCAACUUCAAAUAAAAAUUAUUCAAAAUAUGAAAAUCCAAAAUAUUUUAAAUUUAAUAAUAAUAAUAAUGAAGAAAAAGAAGAAGAAAAAGAAGAAAAAGAAGAAGAAGAAAAAGAAAUUUUAUUUAAUAAUCAACUUGUAAUUGAUAUUGGUGAAUCAUUAAUAUCAAUGUUAUUAGAUUUAUUAAUUUAUAUUGAUGGUCCAAGGAUUAGAGAUAAAUUAUCACAUGGUGAAAUUGAACCAUUAGAAAUUCCAUUAAAUUUUCUUGAUCAAAUUAUAAUAUUAUCAUUAUGUUUAUCAUUUAAAAUAAUGAAAAAUAAUCAUCAACAAUUAUCAACAACAACAACAGCUAAAUAUAAAGAAUUAAUUGAAUUAUUAGGAAAUAAAGAAAAAGAAUAUAAACCAAUUUAUCAUACUAAAUCAAUUUCAAUUAAAAGGCUAUCAACAUUAAUUAAUUCAAAUAAUAAAUUAUUACAAUUUUAUAAUGAUCAAUUAAAUCAAUGUAAUGAAAUUAAAGAUGAAAAUGAAAAUGAAAAUGAAAAUGAAAAUGAAAAUGAAAAUGAAAAUGAAAAUGAAAAUGAAAAUGAAAAUGAAAAUGAAAAUGAAAAUGAAAAUGAAAAUGAAAAUUUAUUAUUAUUAAAUGAAUACAUUGGUGAUAGAAUUUAUAAACCAAUUGAUGUUAAUAUUAAUUUAAAUUUAAAUAUAAUUGAAUUUACAAAUAAAUUAAAUGAAGAAAAUAAAGAAAUUAAUGAUCAAUUUAUAAAUGAUAAUAUCAAUAAAAAAUCAAAUAUUUAUUUUAAUUUAUUUCCAAAUAAAUUUGAAAUUGAUCAAUUUAAUUUAAUUAGAAAAUCAAUUAAAGUUGUAAAUGAAUCAAUUCAAGAAUAUUUAAAUUUUGGUAUUUCAUUCUAUGAUAAAGUAAUAAUUCAAAAUAAUUCAAUUAAAAGAAUUCAAAAUUCAUUUUAUAAAUGGAUUGGUAGUUUAAAUUCAUUUUUAAUUUUAAUUAAUUUAGUAAUAUCACAAUUAAAAUAUUUUAUAAAUAACAAUAAUAAUAAUAAUAAUAAUAAUAAUAAUAAUAAUAAUAAUAAUAAUAAUAAUAAUAAUAAUAAUAAUAAUAAUAAUAAUAAUAAUAAUAAUAAUAAUAAUAAUAAUAAUAAUAAUAAUAAUAAUAAUAAUAAUAAUAAUAAUAAUAAUAAUAAUAAUGGUAUUGAAAAAAUUCAAUUUUAUUUUGAAAAACUAUUAAAUAAGAUAAAACUAUUUGAAUGGGAUAAUGUUAUUAAAAUUAUAAAAACUUAUUUUAAUAUUAUAAAAAUAAAUUGA